AAGAAACCCCGCACGCACUCAACAGUCAAAACUCUAUCUCUACAUUUUUUCCUUCCCUCUCUUUCUCUCUCUCUCUAGACUCCCGGCGGUGUCACCACCACCCCCACCACGGCAGAUGGCGGAGCAACACAGCUGCUGCUCAUGCUGCUUCAGCUUCAUAAUAACCAUGGGCCUCACCGCCCUCUUCUUCUGGCUCUCCCUCCGUGUUGACCAACCAAAAUUCUAUCUCGAGUCAAUUUACGUUCCUGCCCUCAACAGAUCCCUUCCGUCAACAACAAAAAACGACACCGUUUUAUUCAAAAUAAAGUUCACGAACCCUAACAAAGACAAAGGGAUCAAAUACGACGCCGUUCGGGUCAACAUCUCCGUCUUCCUCUCCCAAAAUACCACGCGCCUACUCUCCAACUCCACCGCCGUCGCUCCUUUCUACCAAGGCCGCCAGAAGAAGGCGCAUAAGCCUAGCUCUGCUUCCUUCGUCGGAAACCUCACGCCGGCGGCGGGGAUGGACGGGAAGGUGUAUUUCCGGGUGGAUUUUGCGACCGCGGUGAAGUACAAGAUCUUGUUUUGGUACACGAAGCGACACGGUAUGUGGGGAGGGGCAAAUGUGGAAAUUAACAAUGGGGGUGUGAAGGUGUAUCCAAAACCGGUGAGGCUUGGCAACGAGCCACCGAGGAUCGUGAACGGCGCACCGGUGUUCCGUGGAGGCUAUCGUGCGCUUCUUCCGCUAUUCCUAGCCGCGUGGAUAAUGCGCACUCGUUGACUUGACUUGACUUGACUUGACUUGACUUGACUAGUCUGUAUUUUUAUUGGAGGAAUUAUUUUAAUUAAUUUAAUUUAGUUAUUUAUUUAUUUUUAAAAAAGCAGUGAAACUUAAAGUUCACUGCCAUUUUUUCCCCUCACGUAGACUCUAUAUUGUUUUAUGGUGAAUUCUAUGGUGUAGCCAAAAAAAAAUUUCUACACAUGUAUUAAUGUGUUGUCCAAGUAUAUUAAUGACAAGUGUCUAGAGUGAGGAAAUUUAAAGACAAUUUCUGAACCAUUUCAGCAAGCUACAGUGUAUUGUUCCCUUAUGCAUGUGCGCAGCUUAAUUUGUAAAGUUGAUUGAAUUAG